AUGGCCGCGCUCUGUGUUCCGCCGCUGAUGCUACUGGCGCUGCUCCAUCUGUCGGUGCCGUCCUUUGGGCUCUCGUUCACCUACCACGAACUGGGCGAGGUGAACGCUUACCUCACCCGGCUGGCUUCGGAGAACCGCGAACUCGUCACCCUGCAGCUUCUCGGCAAGACCUGGAAAGGACGACACAUCUGGCAGGUGAUGCUGAGCAGGCGCCCUAAAGAAGACGCUCUAGUUCCUCACGUGCACCUCGUCGCCAAUAUCUACGGGAACGACCCUGUGACCCGUGAGGUGGCGCUGCAACUGGUGGACUACGUGGUGGAAAACAAGCAGAAGGACCAAGACGUUGCCUGGCUCCUCGACAACGCCAGGCUGUCGGUGGUGCCUUCGGUGAACGUCGACGGAUCGGACGCGUCCAUCCCCGGAGAAUGCAUCGGCAUGGUUGGCGAGUACGCACCUAUACCGCUUUGUCCAGUAUUCCCUGCCACCAACACCAACGGCGUGGCCAUCAACAAGAACUUCCCCGGUGCUUUCGACCGGGGACGCGGCAACGGACGGACCUUGGAGCCUGAGAGUGCCGCCGUGCUCCGCCUGGAGCGCGCCUGCCCCGCCGUGCUUUCCGUGCUGCUCUUCGGAGGCCUGCUCGGGGUGCUCUACCCUUACGACGACGUCCCGGGUCCCGGUAGGCAUCUGCCGGACGCGCCGUCGUAA